AUGUUUCCAGAUACAGACGACCAAAAUCGCCGACGGAUAUACUCUCGCUCAAGAUCCCCUGUUGCCAACGACAGUCGAAGGAAACUUGAACGCAGUCAGGAGAGGUCUAGAGAUUACGAGAAGGAACAUACACGUCGACGACGGUCUCCAGAUCGAUCUCGAGAACGACAUUCGGGCAGGCGAGAUGACCACCGGAGGAGACGAAGAGAAAACUCUGUGAGCAGGAGAGACAGCGACAGACCCCGAAGUCGAGAGAGGAGAGACCACGAUACUCGAAGACGGCGGCACGAUUCGUCCGAGCCUGACGAGCGUUCCAAACAACGCGACAGACACCGAAGAUCGGGCUCGAAGGAGAUUACGAGACGUCGACGGUCUGGAGAUAGACGCGAUCGUAGUCGCUCUGCGGGAGCACCAGUUCGGUCGCGAGGUCCACUACCAUCUCAAAACGACGCAUUCGAAUCAACCGAGGCCACAAAGACAGGCUCACCGGCACCGGUCAAAGAGAAACCCAAUUUUGCAAAUACCGGCAGGCUUGCCGCAGAAAGCAACACCAUCGCCGUCAACGGCAGCUCAGUGGUGCUCAAAUACCAUGAACCAGCCGAAGCACGUAAACCACCAGCAAAGGAUGAUUGGCGCCUAUAUGUCUUCAAAGGUGAGGAUUUGUUGGAAAUGGUACCGCUAGGCGAACGUAGCUGUUGGUUGAUAGGAAGAGAGAAUCUUGUUGUGGAUUUCCCUAUCGAACACACGAGUUGUUCUAAGCAACAUGCAGCUAUUCAGUUCCGCUACGUGGAAAAGAAGAAUGAGUUUGGAGACAAGACGGGACGUGUUCGACCAUACCUCAUCGAUUUGGAGAGCUCGAACGGGUCUAUGGUCAAUGGGAAUCCUGCUCCAGGUGGACGAUACAUUGAGCUACGUGACAAGGACGUGUUGAAAUUUGGACACAGCACUAGGGAAUACGUGCUCAUGCUUUCACAGUCUUGA